AUGGAGGAUCGCGAGUCGAGCGUUGUGUCGUCGGUCGACUUUUACGGCUCAGACGCAAAUGCUACACAUGCGCCUGCCCCAGCUGUUCCCAGUGACGCGCCGCUGCCGAAGCGAAAGGCAGACGAUGCGCCAGCUGAGCCCGACAAGAAGCGCAAGUUGGAGCUGGACGCGUCGUCGCCGCCCUACGACUUGCCAUGUUGCGCUGGCCUGCCUCCAGAGCUGUGGCAGCAUGUUUUCUCCUUUUGUUCUCUUGCAGAUCUUGGUCGAUUGAUUCAGGUCAAUCGACCUUUCCUUUCCUACCUCACAGACGUGCGCACUGCCUCGACUUCAAAGUCGGGCCAUGGCCGUCUGCAUCUCCUAAAGUCUGAAUCGUUGUGGGCCUCUGCCCGCAAUGCACUAUGUACAAAGCCCCCGAAGCCGCUCCCAGGCUUCAGCGAGCUGCAAAUGUGGCAGCUGGCCUGGUCCAAGAGAUGCCAGUUUUGUAAUAAACUUGAUUCUUAUACACCAGGCGAGCGUAUAUGGCAAAAGGGCCCCGGCAACACAGGCGUGCGCGCCAUCUGGCCCUUUGCUAUCAGAGCGUGUGGGCCAUGUCUGCUACAACAGUGCCAGACGGACGCAAGCCUUCUCUUCUCAACUGCUUCCGCAGUGCGACCCGCGCUCCCCUUUGCGCUCCUCACAAAUGAUCAGCACUACAUUGCCGCCUACACAUUGCAAUCUGCCACUACGCCAGCUGACGUUGAAAUUGCAAAGUACUAUUACAAAAACGACGUGCAAGACAUGACACAAGAGCUCAACGAGGCACUUGGCCGGGGCCCGGCAGCAGCCGAAGAAUGGGCCAAAGGCCUCGAAGCCAGAGGAAGAGAGCGUAUGAAGCUCGCCGAAAACUGGGAGCGCUGGGAAGUCAAAAAUCAGUGGUGGGAGCAGCACAACGAGGGCAAGCGCGCAGCAUCUGCAGCUCCUUCACAGCCCGCCACGUCACACAAGCGGCCGUCCAGGUCACCCCCUCGCCGAACCCCGUCUCCUAUAAUUCAUGCCCCGAUUCCAGCAACACCAUCGUCUCAGCAAGGGCAAGCGCGCCCGCCCACGGUUCCACCACAGGCCUUUACCCCAUCUGGACAAAGAAACCUUCACGAUGCAAAUGAGGCCAAAGCAACUCGCAAGACGGACAUAGAACGUCGGUGUCAGCAAAUGGAACCCCCAAUUGCUCCCAACGUCCUGCGCCACAUGGACUCGUUCAAGGCCGCGAUCCAAAUCCCGCAGCCAAUGAAUGACUAUGCAUGGAGUGUGCUUCAACCCCGCCUGAUCGCCCAACUCCCUGCUGCCCAACAAGCAGAAGCUGACCACGUGGCCCGCGCUGCUUCCCACUCGUCAAAAGCAGCAGACCGCCGUCACCUAGACGCAAACUCCAAGGAAGCGCGGGAAGUCAUGGACCGCGAGUGGGAAGAGUCUCAGCGCCCAAUUCGUGACAGACUCGACGCCAUUGCCGACGAAUUCAUCAAUCGGGACUGGGAUCACGGCAACGCGGUCACUUACGAAAACAGCCCGAAAUUUGCAGCCGAUCUUCUUGCCUACGUGCGCCGCACAUUCUACGCUGAGAGAGCGCGUAGCUCUACUGACCAUGCAGAUUCUAAACCCAAGCUUGUUCUGGACAAUAUGAAGUGGGUGUAUGACAACAAAAUCAAACCAUUAACAGAACAGUUCCGCAAGGACAUCUUCUUGUGCCAUGGCCAAGGAUGCGAGCACAACAACAAAUACUACGGGUUUGAAGGUGUUACCCAGCACUACGGAGCCAAACAUACCUCCAACUUCAGCUCAGGAAACGUGGUCGUGGCGUGGAGAGAAGCUGAAUGGCCUGAGGAGACCCCGUUCCAUCCAGACCCUAGUUCCGUGAAACCUCUCCAUGCCCACCACCCGUCUUCUGGCACGAAUGGUAAUGCCAUAGCACCACCACCCAGCAUGCCACCGCCUGGUCAAGGAGUUCCUGAGAUCGUUCCCAGCGGUACAGAAGAUACUGGCCAAAGCACUAGCUCGUUUGACAAGCAAGUAAGUUCAGUCAUCGAGAUGACCCAGGACAUCUGGAAGCGUACCUCUGGUGUCAAGGACAUGCCAAACAGUCUCCGCAUCUACAUUUUGCUACACCGCGUCAUCUCCAAGUUCCAUGUGGAGUUCAACCACGAGCCAAAUUUGAACCACUUCAUUGAUGCUCUAUCUAAUCAUGAGAUGCCUAAAGCAUUAAAGAAUGCACCAGGUCUCUCGUGCAAAGCUUGUCAGGUUGGGUCUGCACAUCAGCCUCCGGGCUCUUUCUACUCGAAAGCGGAAGAAAGGACGACAUACACCGUUUUGGGUCUGUUGUCGCACUUUAGGACGCAACAUCUUCCGUACCAGCACUCAAGUUUUGGCCACCCUGUACCGGGCACUGCACUGGAUUGGAAGGAAAACAUGAUCGAGCUUCCUAGUGAACGUUUCAUUUCCGGACUAAUCCACGCUCCGGGUAUGGACGACGAGAAGCUACUAAUGAUAGCGACCGUCUUUCCGAGCUUGUUUCCCAUGCCACUGCCCAAAAUCGGUGUGAUUGAUAGCCACGGAUUAGCCUCACCUGCGUCUUCUGGCCCCAAGGAUCCAGAAAAGGCCCCAGGCAUAGUUGAGGUUUCUCUUGAGACAGCUGCUCCUGCACGUGCCGGCCCCGCGGGCAUGAUCGCUGCGGAUGCAAAUGUGGCUCUUCCUCCAAAACCGUUGGAAGCUGGAUAUGACCCUCUUCGACCAGGUCUCAAUACCGAACCGCAGGAAGUACCAGGUGCCAUGAAUAGGAAACGUUCCUACCGAGACAGUCCGCCUAGUGAGCGUAGACAACACCAGUAUCCCGAACCUCGGUACUAUGUAGGUGAUCUGCAACACUCCAAGCAUGUUCAUGCAACUGACUUUUCUGUCUGUCAGGUGGCCAGGGAUCAUUUGGAUGAUGGCUAUCACCGUCCACGAGAGUACGAUUAUGCUCCAAGCCCCAGAAUCGUUCAUGCAGGCCCGGCAUAUGACGACUACCCUGGUCGCCGGACGGCGUUCCGGGAACAGGAGCGAUUCUAUGGACCACCGGACGAGAUUGUCUACGCGCACCCGCGCGAAGGAAGUCAUGGUAGCCGGGAAUACAGUGCGUAUCCUCGGCAGGUACGGUACUAUGAAGAAGAGGAGCACCGCCCUGAAUACCGGUUUGUGAACGAGCGUCGUUCGCGAGACGACAGCCCUCCUCGAGCACUGUCUGCAGCGGAGCGGUUCCUGGCAGAGAACGAACCUCCACAGCCCUCGUUGGCACAACAGCCAGAGGCAGAACCUGCUACACCAGUGCAGGAGAAUGAGAAUGGAUCACGCUACACUCCUCCACCCACAGAUGCUCCUGCGCCAGCCGAGGCCAAUGCACCGAUUCGUCCGCUCGGGCCACCGCAUCCCAGAGCCCCAUCUACCGUUUCAAAUGGUUCUAGAUUUGAUGACUACCAACCAAAUGGACACCGAAUGCCCAUGUCUGGACCGGGCGGCCCGCCACGGAGGUCUGGUCCACAGCGUCGACGAGAUCGGCCGCAUGACCAACGUGGGCCUUCUCGGUACCAGCGGUAUAUGAGUGUCGCGCGUGACGAUCCAUACGGUCGUGGGUCGAGCAUGAGUCGCUCGCAAAGCAGAAGAUACGAGGAGCAACGUCGCCGUAUCGAUCAACAGGAAACCCCGCAGCCCAAUGCCGAACCAGACUACGAGCCAGACUACUCCAGAGAGCAUAGCGCUGAUCAUUCCGUACAAGACGAUAGUUUCUUCCCGCCUCCACGUCGUCAGCCCCGGGGCUAUGUAUCCGUACAAGAUCGUCUUCAUCCCCAUACUCGUGCAUACUCGCCUCCCCGAUACCGCUACGACGAACCACGCGGCCCGCAUUACGUAGACGAGUAUGGCCACCCGAUCCAUGAGUAUGAAGUCAUUCGAGUACCCAGACACCGCGACCCAUAUAUGCCCCACCAACCUCACCGCUACGAGCCUGAGCCAUAUAGAUAUGUGCAGUAUGAACGACCACCGCCACAGCGGUAUAAUAGCCGACACGAAGAGUACAUGUACUAUGAAGAGAGGGAGAGGCCUAUACCGAGGAGGCCAGCGCAGGAUGCAGAGAGCGAUGUAUACGAGCCACCGCCGCCAGAGAUCAAGGUAGAGAGCGUGCCUGUACCCAUGCCACCUGAGGCAUCAUGA